AUGGUUGAAGCCUCGGAUACUGCUCAUAAGAUGUUUAUCUCCUACAACAACAUCCAUAAAGCCUGUCAAAAGAUUGCGAGUCAGAUUAUGGCGAAAGGCGAAAGGCCUGACGUGAUUGUCGCUAUCACUGGCGGUGGUAUGAUUCCAGCCAGAAUAAUCAGAUCGUUCUUGAAAAGCCGUGGUGAAAAGAACAUUCCUAUUCAAGCCAUUGGGCUCUCGCUUUAUGAAGAUCUGGGACUAGACGACCAUGUGGAAUCCAUCGGGAAAGAGGUCAUCAGAACUCAGUGGCUGGAUUUUGGGUCUCUCGAACAACAUUUUGAUUCUCUGAUUGGCAAAAAAGUGUUGAUCGUCGACGAAGUGGACGAUACCAGAACCACCUUGCAUUAUGCAGUCACUGAACUCGAAAAAGAAGUUAAAGAGCAGCAAAUCAAGCUGAACAGACUCGGUGAGGAGACUGUCUUUUCGAUUUUCGUGCUACACAACAAAGAUAAAACCAAAAAAGCUUCGCUUCCUGCUGAGAUGAUGGAAAAGGGCCGCUAUUUAGCAGCUGAAACUGUCCCUGAUGUGUGGCUAUGUUACCCAUGGGAAGCACUUGACAUUGAAGAGCACACUAAACUUGCUAUCAGUCAGGGCAACAACUGA